GCUUCUGCUGCUGCCGGAAGUCGUGUCGUUCUUUCUCCUCCCAGACUGCCAUCAUGGUGUUCAAGCGCUUCGUCGAGAUCGGCCGCGUUGCCUACAUCGCUUUCGGGCCCUACGCUGGCAAGCUGGUUGCCAUAGUCGACGUCAUUGACCAAAAUAGGGCUCUUGUUGAUGGUCCCUGCACAGGUGUAAAGAGGCAGGCCAUGCCCUUCAAGUGCAUGCAGCUCACGGACUACGUCAUCAAAGUACCUCACAGUGCUCGUCAGAAGUUUGUGAGGAGAGCCUGGGAGAAGGCAGGAGUCAACGACAAGUGGGCACAGAGCAGCUGGGCCAAGAAGAUCGAGGCCAGAGAGAAGAGGGCCAAAAUGUCUGACUUUGACCGCUAUAAGGUGAUGAGAGCCAAGAGGAUGAGGAACAAGAUCAUCAAGCACGAGGUCAAGAAGCUUGAGAAAGAGGCAGCGAAGAAGCGCCAGAAACAGCCAGCCAAGAAGUGAAAAGAUCUUUUUUUUUUCAAAUAAACAUUCUGAUUGGUUCUA